CCUACGCCGCUUCCCUCCCGGCCUCCCCGCGCGCAUAGUCCAACGCCGGCGCUCUGCUGACGUCACGGCGCACAGCCAAUGAGGAGGCGAGGAGCGCGGCGUACCCGUGUUUGAAUUGCGCGGCCGGUGGAUGGCGGUUGGUGCGAGAGGGAGACUGAUAGUCAGACCGAGAGACAGAGACGAAAGGAUUCAGCUGCUGGAUCUGAGAGUGCUGGGAGUGGAGCUGGGGAGCAGAAGGGAUGACUCCUGCCAAGGAAGAAGAUGUCUGCAGCCAUGUCAGAGUGGUGGUCCGUGUGCGCCCAGAGAGCCAGAAGGAAAAGCAGGGCAGCUUCAGCAGGGUGGUCCGUGUCAUCGACCAGCACGUGCUGGUCUUUGAUCCAAAGGAGGAGGAAGUCAGCUUCUUCAAUAGGAGGAGAGUGACCCACAGGGAUAUUAACAAAAAACAAAGGAAAGAUCUUAAGUUCAUGUUUGAUGCCAUUUUUGAUGACAGCUCAUCCCAGUUGGAAGUUUUUGAGCAUACCACCAAAAAUCUAAUUGAUGGCUUCCUAAAUGGGUAUAACUGUACAGUACUUGCAUAUGGUGCAACAGGAGCUGGAAAGACUCAUACAAUGUUAGGUUCUCCUGAAGACCCUGGGGUCAUGUAUUUAACCAUGAUGACACUUUAUAAACGCAUGGAUCAAAUCAAAAAUGAUAAAAGAUGUGAUGUUGCUGUCUCUUAUUUAGAGGUUUACAAUGAACAGAUUCGUGAUCUCCUGGUCAACUCUGGACCUCUGGCUGUUCGUGAGGAUGGCCAGCAAGGGGUGAUAGUUCAAGGUCUGACAUUGCAUCAGCCGAAAUCAGCAGAGGAAAUCCUUCAGAUGCUGGAUUACGGGAACAAAAAUAGGACCCAGCAUCCCACAGAUGUGAAUGCCUCCUCUUCCCGGUCCCAUGCUGUCUUUCAGAUUUACCUACGGCAGCAAGAUAAGACAGCUAGCAUUAAUCAAAAUAUUCGUAUUGCCAAAAUGUCUCUGAUUGACCUGGCAGGGUCUGAACGUGCCAAAGCAACCAGUGCCAAGGGGGCUCGCUUUGUGGAAGGAACAAAUAUUAACAGGUCCCUGCUUGCUCUUGGAAAUGUCAUUAAUGCACUGUCAGAUCCUAAGAGCAAGAAGCACAUUCCUUAUCGAAACAGCAAGCUUACUCGUUUAUUGAAGGAUUCUCUUGGAGGAAAUUGCAGAACAAUCAUGAUAGCUGCUAUUAGCCCAUCCUCUUUGUUUUAUGAUGAUACCUAUAACACCCUGAAGUAUGCAAACCGAGCAAAGGAUAUCAAGUCUACUUUGAAGAGCAAUGUUGUUAGUUUGGACAGUCACAUAAGCCAGUACGCUAAAAUUUGCGAUGAACAAAAGAAAGAGAUCCUAAUGUUGAAGGAGAAACUGAGAGAAUAUGAAGAAAAGCAAGCAAGCAUUCCUGAAAAUCAUAAUACUGCAGAACUUUCAACCAACCAGCGAGUAGAAAUAGAAAGGUACAAAGAAAUACUUAAAAAUGUUUUUUCAAACCGUGAGGAAAUCAGAAAAGAAUACCUCAAGGUGGAAAAGAAACUGAAAGAAAAUACACUAAAGAAAUAUUACCAGAAUCAAUGUCAUGAACAAAUUCAACUGAUAUGCUCUGAAGAAAGAGUAGAAAAGGCCACUUGCAAGCGGGAUCUAAGGCUUUCAGCACUUAACAGCCACUAUGUACGCAUGCAGAAGAAGAAAGAAGAGCAGAGCAAUCUCUUUGAGGAAAACACCAAGUGGCUGCACCGUGUGGAAAAUGAAAUGUGCCUCCUGGGUCAAGAUGGGUGCAUCCCAAAAGAACUUUGUCAAGAUCUGCAGUACUGCCAUUUAAACCUAGAAGUUCAGACCCUUAAAGCUCAGAUUGAACACAUGUUGGCUCUGGUGUCCCUUCAAGAUCAGUAUAACAAGCAAACAGAAAAAGUACUAAAUUCUGCACUUCCAGUGCUUCGCAAGCAACACCUGAUGUUGAAAGAAGCUGGGUUGACAAAUGACUUAAGUGAGACUGAAUAUGCAGAGGUUGAGCAGCUGAUUCAAAGACAAAAAUCAGUAGCUUGGGCUGACCAGACUGAAGAAAAGGAUCAAAAUCAAAACCAUGAAGUGGAAAUGUCAGCUAUCUUUUCAUUCCCACAGCUUGUGAGCAGACCUAACACCCCAUGCAGCACCUCUUUUGGUACACCAUCACAAGAAAUUAAUAACAACACCCAACAGGUGUUAGAACAUACGGAACCACCACAGAAGAGAACGAGGAGGAGGCUGAUGGACUCACCAGUGGUAGCUCCAAGCCCACCUGCCUCCAGCCACAGCAGCUUGCAGCACCUGGAGGAUUCUCUGGCCAAGGAGGUGUACCCUCUGGGCAAUACUCCAGACUCCUGCAGAAAGCCAGGGCACAGUUUCUGUGCUCAGGCUGUGGUGAAGGAGGCUUUGCAUCUGGCAGGCCUGGGGACAGUCAGUGCCUGCAGCGCAGAUGUGGCAGCCAGGAAGGGCAUCAUGGACACCACUUGUGAUGCGAUCCCAGAGAGCCACGAAGCUGUCCUGAACUCCACUAUCAUUCUCUAUGAAGGUACAGAGGAAACAGCUGAAAUGUCUGCUUACUCAUCUGUGAAGGAGCCACAGCCAUGCAGCAAUAGCAUUGUGCAAAGACUUGAUCUUUCUUCCUUAAGAAGCAAAAAUUCUGCUCCAGUAUUUGAGAAGCCCUCAUAUAUGGCAAUGACUUCAGCUGCUCAGAGAAAAAGAAAGAUACUAAGCUCCACCUCGAACACAGUGCUGGGCAGCCUGCAGGCCCCGGGCGCUGCCAAGCACUCUCGGCAGGACGUGCUGCUGAGCCAUGCAGCCCUGAGAGUGCCCCAGGGGGCUGGUGUUAAAAUGAAGAGCAGGAAGCAAGAACAGAAUAUCCCAAGGAACUUCAUUAGAAGCCUUUCUCAAGGAAAUGUCCCACUGGAGAUUAAAUCAAGGACAUCAAAAAAUCUUUUACUUCGUGUUUCCAGGAAAAAAAAUAGGAUUUAGUUCUGAGUUCAUCCCUAUUUCAAGCAGGAUUGAUGCAUAGCAAAUGUGAAUAGGGUGAAAUGUGAUUUCUUCCUGUAAAUAGUUUUGAGAGUGUCGAGGUGGAAAUCUUACAAAAGUUAUUUUGACCCCCUAAAUUAUUUUCAUCAGAGUAGCUUCCUUGUGUUAAAAGAGAUUUUCAUUUGGAAGCAAGUUAGGCAGAUGCUAAUAUUAGAACAUGUUCAUGCUUACCAUUACAAUGCCAUAGAUGUUCUUAGAUUGUUAGUAUCUGUGGAUGACAUGUGGAGUUCAAAGAGACAGAAAAAAAUAUUUCCAAAACUGGCUUUUUUUUUUUUUUUUUUUGGUCUUUCUGGUUUUUAGUCUGUUACUUUGUUGUAAAUGCUCCUGUUCUGCUUUUUCAUUUUAAUUCAGCUGUAAAUAUGUCUUUUAUUAAUUACUUCAAAUAAAUUUUAAUAUUAUUAAGAGCAAUAUAA